AAGGCUGAAGUCACUGGUGAAUGGACUUUAUGAACGAUUUUAUAAAUAGACUUUCAAUUCAUGUAGUUGGUUUUGAGUAAAAUGUGUAUUUUGAUUAUUAGAGAAAGUGUUUAUUUUCAUUUGAAGACAUGAGUAGAAGAUAUAUCUAAAAUUUUAAAAAUUCUUUGAUGUAAAUCCGUUUUUUUUUCGAUUUCUCUGGCGAUAUAUUUUUCAAGCAUUUUUGCUUUUUUAGGAUGGAAAUAUUUAUUAAAUUGAGAACUUAUUCUAAGUUAUUGAAAACUCUAAAGAUGAAACCACCUUCUGUUUAUAAGUCAUGUAGUAUCUUAUAUUCAAAUGUAAUUCCUAUCGAAAGUACUCGAAGAAAUAUUUUGGUAGUGACACCUCUUCAAUUGAAUCAUGUUUGCUUUGCAAAGAAGGCUCAAGGAAAAAUGUCUAAAGGUGGAGGAAAAUCUAAAAUUGCACAGCUAUCUGAUGAAGAAAUAAAAGAGGUCAUUGAUAUUGAAGACUACAGAAAUCAAUUACUUACUGUUAAAGAAAAAUUAAAGAAGGAAUAUGUUGAGAACCUUUCUCUUCGCUCAGCUUCUAAUGUGGAAAAUAUUAUGGUCAAAAUUGAUGAUGAUGAGUACCCUCUACACGAAUUAGCUCAAAUUUCAAGGAAGAAUCAAAACUUGAUUGCCAUCAAUUUGAUAGAUUUUCCAGAGGCGUUAAAACCAGCUAUACAAUCUAUUAUUGAUUCUGGUAUUGGCAUAAAUCCUCAGCAAGAUGGCACUAUGAUCUACUUAACCAUUCCUAAGAUGACAAGGGAACAUAGAGAACAUAUGGCAAAAAGUGCAAAAUCCAUGUUUAUGAAAGCUAAAGAUGAAAUUCGGAGCAUCCAGAAUUAUUUUGUGAAAGAAGCUAAAGGAAAAACUGAUCUGUCUGAAGAUCUAAUUUUCAAUGCCUCUAAUAUGAUUCAGAAUGUAGCUGAACUAAAUGUCGCAGAGUUAGAAAAAGUACUCAAGAUUAAACAAAAAGAGUUGUUAGGAGAAACUUAAAUGAAAACUUUUGUUUUUUGUAAGUUUAGGUAGUUUUUUAAUGAAUAAAAAGUGUUUAUUAUUAGGUGUAAA